UUCAUUCGGGCAAACUCGUCAUUCGGCUCGAAUCGGAACUGCAACACACACGCACCACACGGCUCGUCGGACCUUCUUCUUCACGUUUGCCGUUUGCAUCACCAACUCCACCAGCAAAAUGGCUCUUAGCGACGCAGAUGUCCAGAAGCAGAUCAAGCAUAUGAUGGCCUUCAUCGAGCAGGAGGCCAACGAAAAAGCCGAAGAGAUCGAUGCAAAGGCUGAGGAGGAGUUCAACAUCGAGAAAGGCCGUCUGGUGCAGCAGCAACGUCUGAAGAUCAUGGAGUACUACGAAAAGAAGGAGAAGCAGGUCGAGCUGCAGAAGAAGAUCCAGUCGUCGAACAUGCUAAAUCAGGCGCGUCUGAAAGUGCUGAAGGUACGCGAAGAUCACGUUGGCAGCGUGCUUGACGAAUGCCGCCGACGCCUCGGCGAGGUUACCAAGGAUGCUGGCCGUUAUGGCGAAAUUCUGACUGCCCUCAUCGCUCAGGGAUUGCUUCAGCUGAUGGAAGCCAACGUGCUUAUCCGUGGCCGUCAGGUGGACGCCCAGGUCAUCCAAAACAUAUUGCCGGCGGCUGUCGAAGCGUACAAGUCGAAGUGUGGUCGCGAUGUGGUGGUCACGUUGGAUACUGAGUCCUUCCUGCCCGCCGAUAACACAGGUGGUGUUGAGCUUUUGGCACAAGCGGGACGCAUUAAGGUUUCGAACACUCUUGAGUCCCGGCUGGAGCUGAUCGCUCAACAACUGGUACCGGAAAUCCGUAAUGCCCUCUUCGGUCUCAACAUGAACCGUAAAUUCAACGACUAAAGGACUCCGGCAGAACGAGUUCUAUGCACGCCAGCACUGCUCAUCGUGAGGGCACGGUCAGGAUACGUGCCGUUACAUCACGUAUGGGUAGUAUGGUGAAACACAAUAUUCAUGCAAAGGACACACAAAACAGUACAGUUUAAUCGUUUCAGAUACAUUUUGUUAAAUGCCGUUUUCAACAUAGAUUUUCCUUUUACACCCAUUCACACAAACCGAUAGUCAGAGAUGCACGUAGCGCGUAACAGCGUAAGGCAUUAUCUUAUAGCUUAAGGAGCUUAAAGACCAAUGACCGUAAGCCGGCUGGCGAAUGUUUCCAGAAUGUUUAGGUACCACUCAAGACCAUUGUGACCGUGCCUAAACAUCUAACGGUACUUCCAACAACACCUCGGUACGGUGUUUCUUUUUCCUCGCUAUCCCCAACCGCAAGAGUAGCAUUUGCUGUCUUUUUGCGUAAGUGAAAUCAUGUGCUUUUUUCAUCCGGCAUGAUCACGGCGCAUCCUUCGUGACAUACACUCCAGUUUGUGUUGUCACGGAGUUCAACAUCUGUGCAGGUGCAGUGAUCCUUUUUAACAACCUAGCCGCAACAACGAGGAGAGAAUACCGUAAAAUGGUUACUGUUUGGUGCUAAAGCUGACUGGCAUAACAAUCACCAGACGGUCGCGUGUUGGUCUCAGGCCGAAAAUAAGUAACGUAUCCGCAUAACGUUAGUAAUGCGAGGCUCGUUCCCGUCGUUUAGUUCAGGACUGUUUGUUGUUUUCUUUUUUGUGGCCACAACACACACAAACCAGGCCUUAUGCAGAUUACAUGUAGGAACUAAGUUUUAACAAAAACGUCAUCUUCUAGCGGUGCGUUCAAACUAUUGUUGUUACAUGUUAUAAUUGUUUUCUUAUGUUUAUCGCAUUCGAUUGAUUACAUUUGGGUCAGUUUUUCUUUCGUUGCCUCAACGUUAAACAAACACAUACCAUGCGGUACUUGUUCUAUGUAUGUUGCAAAUAUUUUCCCAACAAAAGCUAAACUAAUAUUUUCCCAUUCUUGGCUCGAUAAGUAAUAAAAAAUGUGUGGCGACGUAGGAAAGGGCCAAUGGUGUAUACAGUCGUCAGCGACCAUUGAGUUAUCGAUUUUGAAACUUGGCAGUGAAGAAGAGAGAAUAUGGAAAAUAGGAAAUCCGAUCCAAAGUUCGCUUGCUAAACAAACCCAACGAUACAUUCCUUAACAUUCAUUCCUUACCUUCGUUUGAAAUGGUGUGCAUCUUCUUCCUCGGCUGUCAACAGCAACGCCUAUCGUCUGGUGGUCUCCUUAAAUCGCGAUAGAACAUCAAUAAUUGUUGUUUCGGUAGAAGAAAGGGUCAAUUGUGCUCUCCUUGUCGCGAGCAAAUACAUUUUCUGCACUUCCUCGUCAUACUCGGCACAAGGCGUUUCUAAUUUGUUUUCGUGCCACAGCAUCUUGCUUUGAGAACACUAAAAAUUGUAUGUAAACAUUUCUUGCUGAUCGCAAAGCAAUGGCAGAAAACAGAUUGGUAGAGAUUGUUUGUCGGUGUUUUUUGAUUUGGAAAGCAGAAAUGUAUCAACGUCUCCAAUGUUUAUCGUUUUGUAUCGGUGUGUGAAUCGUGUCGGCGCCGAAUUUUGAAGAUGUUUUAUGCGUCAAAAUGUGUGUGAAUCACACCACCAUCAAUCGUAAUGGAUGAAUCGUUAACCAAUUAUUGGCAGUGAGCAUUCUCCUUUAGAAUGUCGUCCUUUCACCGAUUGCUUCCGAGAACCCUUCGAUGAGCGGCUGUCGAGGUAUACAUCAGUGGUCCUCGCCUUAGCACUGCCACACAAAGUAAGAAACAAAAAAUAUAUAUGUAUAUUGGAAGGAAACAAACGUUAAAUCUUAACUAAGAUAAAACAAAUAGGAGUGAAGUGAAACUACAAAGAAAAUACAAAAAAAAAGAAACAGAAGUAUAUAUAUAUAUAUAUAUAUAAAUAGAUAUUGUUGUAAAACGAAAAGUAACGAAACUUAGUUAAUGCUGAGCGUUUAAUCAUUAGGAAAAAGGCAAACACGCGGAUAACACUAAAAGGGCGAUCACACUUUGAUAACAUACAAAUCCAACAACCGAAAAAGGGGCGAACAUUUUCGUUGUAGUGGAGAUUGUUACGCAUCUCUAAGUAAAACAAAACCAACACGCGUAACCGUACCGUAGAGACACUGAUUACAAACGACUUAAGCCAUCGAAUAUUUGGCGAAAUUUAGAAUCCCUUAUCCAUCUCGGGAAUGGAAUUCCAACGAUAUUCUGGAAUCCUGCAAACAAUAGCAAUUGUAACAUGGUAGCUAUCGUCAUGGUGUCCUGAUAAAGGUGUAGAUCAAGCAGGUAUCAGGUCUGUUUACAGCUCCACCACUAACAUCGAUGGAGAUGGAGGAAACCCGCUAUGUGAACAUUUUAAAAAUAAAUACACCAUGGGAUGUAACUCCAUAUCC